GUGGAAGUGCCAAGUGCUGGAGGAACAGGCUUUGUCUCAAAGAGCUGCCUUCACAACAGAAAAGGGUACUGCACGAGUGGAAAGCAAAGCUUAAGGUUCAAGCCCUAAAGAAGAACCAGAGGCAAAGAUGCAUCUGUGGCUCUGUGUGCUUGUUAUGUCCUUGACUAUCAGCCAAUCAUUGGCCAGCAGCAAGAAUGUCACCCUCACAGUCUUGAAGAAAACGGUGCAGAAAAGUCCUCCAACAAUAGAAGUUGACAGCAAAGGCAAAAAGGCACCUGUGAUCCUGAACAGAAACAGUCAACAUCCUAGCAGGAACAAUGAUGCUCUCAGUGGUACCACUCUGAAAUGGGUUUGGUUCCAAGGGUCUGCUCCCAAUGGUGCUGUGUCCAUCUGGAAUGAUUAUGCCAAGAGGACAGAAUACCCUUGCUAUGAGCCAGGCUGCACUCCAGGUUUCUACAGCCCUAACAAAGGUCCCUACUGUUUUUAUGCUUAUGGAGACAAGGAACAUAAAAAAUCUCAGUUCUGGCUUUUGGUAAAUGAAAAUAACUUUGAAUCGCUGAAGUGGCAAGAGGAUUCCUGGGGUGAUGUUCCAUCUAAUUCUAUAAAUAGCUGCCCAGGAUACCGAGCAUAUGUAGGGAAAAACAAAUAUGGCCUUGGGAAGGUAGAUCCUCGUAAUAAAGCUUUCUUUAUAGGGAUUAAUGGUAAGGAAUACUGGUAUAAAUAUUAUGAUGUUCUAGUGGUUUACAAAGACUAUCUCUCUCAACGCAUCUACAAUGUUCGUUACAUGAAGAAGAGGGGGACAUACAGCAAUCAAGCCUUCACCUUAGUUUCCAGCAGGGUCACCAACAACAACUGUAAACCAGUGAAGAAGAUUACAACCUUAUCCAAAACUGUAACUAAUGAACGUCGCUGGGAUUUUAGCACUUCCCUCUCAAUAGGUGUGAGCGCCAGCAUGACUGCAGGGAUCUUUUCGGUACUAGAAGUGGGAUGGAGUGUUACUAUGGAGACAACCUUCAGUUGGAGUGAGGGUUCUACAAUGAGUGAAUCAGUCACAUUUUCAGAAACAGUAGAAGUUGAAGUUCCACCUAACCACAUAUGUCACGUGACAAUGGAAGGCCAAAGAAUGUAUGGAAACAUUCCCUUCACUGCGACAGCAACUCGUGAAUACCGCAAUGGGGAGAGACGAAGUGCCACAGUCCAGGGAGUCAGCAAAAAUACUAUUGUGGCACAUGUGGAUACCUAUGUAAAGAGGUGCCAACCCAUCCCAAAUGCAACUCCAUGUAAAUAAGUAAGUCAGGGGCUUCUGCCAACUCUCUCGCUGCAUUAGCCCGAGCAGAAACAAGAAGUCAAAAUGUGCUGUUGUGGCACUUCAGAAGCCAAUAGGUUGGAUCCAGCCUACUUUUUCAAGCAGUCUAAUCCAAUUCCCCUUCUUACUACAGCCUCAAUCCCACAUGGCUUUUGUCCAUUCAGGUCCCGUGAUCCCCAAUGUGGCCUGUUUGGUGAUCAGAGGCAAACCACCCCCUCCUUUUUUCAGCAGUGGAAAAGCUGGCUGGAUCUGACCCAAUGAAUUUAUUUGUAGUCUGUGGUUUGAUAGGCAUCAUCCUGCUAUAUUAGACAUAUGGAUUCAAAAAGUCAGUCUUCCAGUUUCCACCUAGAGCUUUUUCUAUGUUAUCACAAUUAAAGAGGUCUCCUGUCUUAAUCUUAGGCAUGUUUACUUAAAUGUAUAUCUCACUUCUUCCAGUAAGCCUUUCUCAGAAGCAAGUACGCACAGGACUGUAACCCAGUUAGCAAUGGACAAAUACCAAUAUUGAUGAAGCAAGACUCAAACAUUUAUAGAUAGCAAAACAAUAUUUACAACUUAACAGCACAACAAGCCAAAAUUCAGAUAACCGUCCAUGUAUGGCAUUUUUGCUACCUGGGGCUCCAAAAGCAAAGGGGUUGACAAGCAACUAUCAAGCUGGCAUGCAGUGUCUGGUUCGAUGAGUUUGAUGUCAGGCUGUGUCAUGCACAUGAUGAGCUGAGUUCUUGGCUACAGAAGCAUUUACCAUUAUAAACUAGUUGCUCUCUAAGACUGAUCCAAAAUAUUUUUCCUUGGAUGCAGAUGCCUUUUAAAUGAAUUGGACAUCCUUCUAGUUAGUAUGUUUUAGAGCACUUCAACACCUUUUAUCUUCUUAUGUUUAGAUGGCCUUAAGCUAAGAGCUUGGUCUUCUUCGCCAGUUUCAGCUGUCCAAAUUUAUGGCUCAGCAGAAAAACAGGCAGCUAAAAAUCCUUUCAUUGUUUGACAAUCUUAUUUCAUGUCAAUCUUUCUAGACACUUGUCCUUGUAUAGAUUCAGAUGCUGUUAUGUUGUUAGUAUAUUUCAUAAACCCUCUUGAAAUCAAUGUGAAAUCAAAAUGGACCAUUCAGUUUGCUGUUGCUUGUUAGAUAUAAGUUAGAAGCCAAUAAAGAAGAUGUAAAUUUCUUGCA